CUCACCAUUCAAAUACAAAUAUAACAAUAAUCCCCGACUAGCAGCAAUGACAAAGCUCCCUCUCCUCCUAUCUGCCUUCGCCGUCCUCCUCCUGCUGGCCAACGCUUCCAUUUACCGCACCACUGUGGAGGUUGAAGAAUCCUCAAGCCGUGGGCAGAGUUGCCAACGGCAGUUCGAAGAGCAGGACCGAUUCAGGUACUGUCAAAGGUUCGUGCAACAGGAGAUCCUGGGGAAUGGACGCAGGAACCAGAAACAAGAAAAUUUCAAGCAAUGCUGCAAGGAGUUGCAGGAAGUAGACAGAAGGUGUCGGUGUCAGGGACUAGAGCAAAUGGUGAGGCAGCAGCUGCAACAAGAACAACUCAGAGAAGAGGAAGUUAAGGAACUAUAUGAGACGGCCAGUGAAUUGCCUCGCAUGUGCAACAUUUCACCCAGCCAGGGCUGCCAGUUCCACUCAUCCUAUUAGAUUCACUUCCAUGAACAUGUUCAUGAAGUGAAGAAAUACUUGUAGAAGAAUAAAGUUCACAACUCAGGCAUUUUAGCUGGAGAUUAAAGGGUGAAUAAACAGUAGUAGAAUCAGCACAUUAUCGUGUGUAUGGAUGAGUCGAGACAAUGUAAUCAAUCGAAUUUGUUUAAUAAAAGUGCUGAUUUAGUUUAUCUUAAA